CGGCCGGCACUCAGCUGGGCAGUGUUUACAGCCCCGAGCGCGCCGGCCUGGGGUGAGCCGAGCGGAGCCGAAAAGAGCCGAACCGAGCCGAGUGGAGCCGAACCGAACCGAAAAGAGCCGAACCGAACCGAAAAGAGCCGAACCGAACCGAACCUAACGGAGCCGAACCAACGGAGCCGAGCGGAGCCGAACCGAACCGAACGGAGCCGAGCGGAGCCGAACCGCGGCCGCUCAGUAUCUACAGGAGACUGCUGAAGAUGGGAGGCGCAGUGAGUGCGGGAGAAGAUAACGAUGAAUUAAUUGAUAACCUGAAGGAAGCACAAUACAUCAGGACAGAACUGGUGGAACAGGCCUUCCGAGCCAUUGAUCGAGCAGAUUACUACCUGGAAGAGUUCAAAGACAAUGCCUACAAGGACUUGGCAUGGAAGCAUGGGAAUAUUCAUCUCUCAGCACCGUGCAUUUACUCUGAGGUGAUGGAAGCUUUGGAUCUGCAACCAGGGCUGUCAUUUCUGAACCUUGGCAGUGGCACUGGUUAUCUGAGUUCUAUGGUUGGACUCAUCUUGGGUCCCUUUGGUGUUAACCACGGUGUGGAGCUUCACUCGGACGUGAUCGAAUACGCGAAGCAGAAAUUGGACUUCUUCAUUAAAACGAGCGACAGCUUCGACAAAUUUGAAUUUUGUGAGCCAUCCUUUGUUACUGGCAAUUGUUUAGAGAUUUCCCCGGACUGCACUCAGUAUGACCGUGUUUACUGUGGUGCUGGAGUACAGAAGGAACACGAGGACUACAUGAAGAACCUCUUGAAAGUUGGGGGAAUUCUUGUCAUGCCUCUGGAAGAGAAGUUGACUAAGAUAACUCGUACUGGUCCUUCUGCCUGGGAGACCAAGAAGAUUCUUGCUGUUUCUUUUGCUCCUUUGAUUCAGCCAAACCACGCAGAUUCAGGAAAAUCAAGGCUUGUUCACUUGCCCCCCGUGGCCGUUCGCAGCCUGCAGGACCUGGCUCGCAUCGCCAUCCGAGGAACCAUUAAGAAAAUAAUUCAUCAGGAAACGAUGAGCAAAAAUGGGAACGGGCUGAAGAACCCCCCGAGAUUUAAACGGAGGCGUGUCCGUCGCCGGCGCAUGGAGACCAUUGUUUUCUUGGACAAAGAGGUCUUCGCCAGCCGGAUCUCCAGCCCGUCAGAUGAUAACAACAACAGCGAGGACAUCGAGGAGGAGAGGCAGGAAGAGGAAGAAACCAAACCCUCUGAACUAAAGCCAGACCCUCCUGUAAACUUUUUGAGAGAAAAGGUCUUGAGUCUGCCUUUGCCCGAUCCCUUGAAGUAUUACUUGCUUUAUUACAGGGAGAAGUAGUUUCCUUCUUCUAGAGAGUGCGAAUUAGGCAGAAAAUAAAGUACUUCUUAGGGCUUGACAAAUGUACACCACUUGCUUGCCUGCAAAUGUGACCACUCGAGGCAGUAGGCUGGGGAAUGUGGCUGCUGUAAACUUCAACAUUUAUAGCUUUUUUGAGUUUCUUUGUCCUUCUCAGUUGUGUGCUAUAGUUUUAUCCUACAGCAGGGAUUCCUUAGGAAGCAAGUCGGUGAAAUGCUCAGCUGCUUAUGGAAAGGAGGAUUUAAUUCCCUUGAAACUAACUGCACGGAGAUACACUCUAAAAAUUUCAUGGCUUCUCUACUGAAUGUCAGUUUUGAAAAACUCUUAAGCAGUUCCCCAAAGACCUUUCCUGUCUGUGCUCUCUCCCACUAAACCUGCCAUGGGUUUGCCAUGGUGUGUGUUUAAUGGAUGGUUAAGAUUAUUAGUAAAACCUGACCUGGCCAAUCUAGUUUCUUCCAGUAAUCUGAAAAAGCACAACUUUUACAGAAAGGAAAGAAAUUUUUGGCAUUACCCUUGUGGCAUCCAGGUUUUGAAUGAGAAGGAAAGCAUCAGCUCCACUUUGGUUGCUCUGUUUUGCUUAUAAACUAUAUAUAAUUUUUCAGUAAAAAGUAAAAGUGUUUUACAGAAUACUGGUUUUCAUAAUGGGAACCACCUGUUCUAGUGAAUGAGUUGUUGGGGGUUUUUUUGUGGUUUUUUUUUUUUUUUUUUAAAGCAAGGGAGGCAAAGUGAGGAAUUGCAAAGCUUGCUUGACUUUGACAGGUUGCAGGGGUUGUCAGAGCUGGGACUGUGGUCUCUGGAAAUGUUUACAGAGUAAUUCUGAAUGGGGAAGAG